AGCAAGAAAGAAGUCAGGAGGUGCCCACAGAAGCCGGACAACGAGCUGCUCGUGACUCACGUUAACCAGACUCAGAACUUACUCAAGCUGCUGAGCGACGACACUCAGCCUUCAGCUUUGGAGGACUCGGAAAACUGGCUUUCCACACACAGUUUGAAGUUUGCAAAACUCACCUUGGCUGACCUGCUCAGUCAGGGCGUGGCCAUGCUGGAUGAGGGCACCAGCACUGUGAAGAAAACGCAGUCCGCCACUGAGACCCUCCGCCAAUUUGAGUCACAGGUCUCUGAAGCUAUUGAACUCUAUCAACAGAGAAUUCAGUGGCUGACAGAAAACAGCAAGAAGGUCUUCGGCUCCAUCAAGGGGACACGAGUCGCCAUCCUCCUGGACCUGGCCGCUGUCCACAGUGGCCCUCAGAAGGAGGAGUUCCAGAAUGACCUGGAGAACCUCAUUGAAGAGCAGCUGAGUCACAAGGAGAAGCUAUACGUCCUGUCCUUCAGCUCCACCGCCAGCGCCCUCUGGCCAGACCCUGUGGAUGUCAGUGCCUCCGUGCUCCAGGAACUCAGACUCUGGGUGAAGAGCCUGCAGCCUGGCAGAGGGAGCAAUCUGCUCCAAGCGCUGAAGAAAACCUUCGCUGUGAAGGGGCUAGAUUCUCUGGUGACCAUACUGGGAAGCGGCCCGGAUCAGCCUCCGGAGAUCCUGUCUGACUACAUCCAGCAGUCCGUCGUGGGCAGGGUUCUGCUUGUCCACCUCAUCACCUACAAAUGCGACAGUCAGGUACCCCUGGCAGUCCUGAAGAACCUCGCAGAAGCUCUUGAGGGCUCCUACCACUGCUACAGCCCAGAGACGGAGAUCUUCACCAGCCGGGAGGUGGAUGAGCUGCAGGCGGAAAUCCAGGAAGCCCAGAGCCUGAUGGGCCACAUCCGAGCCCUGGGCCACAGCAGCCCCUGUAAGGCGCUAACCCACAUGAUGAAGGAGAUUUCUACAUCAUUUGCAAACGGACCAAUCACAAGUCUCUUGCCUAAACCCCCAAAACAUGAGGCUCCCCUCACAAUCGAGUUCCCAAGCUUGGACCAGACUUCUGCAGAAUGGCUGAAGCUCAAUGGCCUUAGAGCCAAGAAAUUAAACCUUUAUCAAGUUCUGGCACCCAACGCAUUUUCUCCUGUGGAAGAAUUUGUGCCUAUUCUCCAGAAAACAGUGUCUUCAACUGUCCACGAGAAGGCAAUGGUACAAUUUGAAUGGCAUGAUGGGACAGUGAAAAAUAUUCACGUGGAUGUGCCCUUCCUCUAUGAGUACCAGAAACAGCUCAACAAAGUCAUGCGGAUAUAUGAGAGGCGCAUUGAGUGGCUGUCCUUGGCCAGCAGAAGAAUUUGGGGCACCGUCUGUGAAAAAAGGGUGAUUAUACUGCUCGAUAUCUCUGCGACAAAUUCCAUGUACAUUAUUCAUAUCCAGCACUCCCUGCGACUUCUGCUGGAAGAGCAACUGUCCAACAAGGACUCCUUCAACAUCAUCGCGUUUGGAAGCUCGGUUGAAAGCUGGAGCCCGGAGCUGGCUGCCGUGAGCCACAGCAAUUUGCAAAGUGCCUGGCGGUGGGCCCUGGGCCUACGGUGUCACGGAAGCAGAAAUGUCCUCGGCGCCCUGCGGAAGGCGGUGGAGGUGGACUUCAAGGACAAAGACAGACACCAGUCGCAGGGCAUCUACCUGUUCACAGGGGGCAUCCCCGACCAGGACGUGGAAGCUAAGACAAGAAGCUCAAAGCCCAACGGCUGCAUCUACGAAAGCGACGACAUCAGCGCCCUCACGUCUGAGCUGGAAAAGGCUCUCAACUACGCCCAGAAGUGUGCCUUACUAUUGUCCUCUCUGAAGAACCAGUCUGGAAAAGACCCAGAAAGUGCAACCAUCCAGAAAGAAACGCCCAAGCCACUCAAGCAGAGAAAUCAGCCCAAGAGAGCCUGUCCUCCCAAGGCCACGGCCCCCUCGAGCAUAAAAGAUGACCCUGACAGAGCGAAGAGCCCCGCCUCGAAGGGCUGGGCAUGGCGUCCACUCAGCAGUAAAGCAGGCACCCCACCAGUUGCUGUCCAGUCAGUGAAAGGAGGGACUCCAGGACAGAAGAGGAAGAGCAAAUCCAGGGAGGAAAAGAUUUCUCUCUCCCUGUUUUAUACAGAGACAGGGAAUAAUGUGGGGUCAGUGUACAAGAAGUACCCUCAUGGAAAGCGCAUAAGAAGAACUACCUCUUCUAUCGAGUUGCCCAGAAAGGAUAUCAUCUGCUCAAGCCAAGAGUGGGUAGCAAAAUAUGGACUAAAAAAACUGAAGAUGGAGAUCUCCAGAUACAUUGGCCCCAAUUGUACCCAUCAGAACUCGAUUCAGAGGUCAGCACCUACCAAAUACUGCAGCCUCUGGCCCAGCAUAGAGAUCAAUGGCGUAGUGAGACACAUUCAGUGGACGCCCAGGGAGGUCGAAGUGUACAUCACCUGUCUGGAGAAGCUGAUGAGACGUUACGUCCAGCGGCUGCAGUGGCUGUUGUCCGGAAGUCGCCGCCUCUUUGGCACGGUGCUGGAGAGCAGAGUGUGCAUCAUGCUGGACACGUCAGGGUCCAUGGGCCCCCACCUGCAGCAGGUGAAGACGGAGCUGAUUCUGCUGAUUUGGGAGCAGCUGCGGAAGCACUGUGACAGCUUCAACCUGCUUAGCUUUGCGGAGGGUCUACAGCCAUGGCGGGACACGCUGGUGGAGACCACAGAGGACGCGUGUCACCAGGCCAUGCAGUGGGUGACCAGCCUGCACGCUCAGGGGAGCACCUCCAUCCUGCAAGCCCUGAUGAAAGCCUUCAGCUUCCAUGAUGUAGAAGGGCUGUACCUCCUGACAGAUGGGAAGCCAGACACGAGCUGCAGCCUGAUUCUGAGUGAAGUGGAGAGGCUCGCGGAGAAGAGAGCCGUGAAGGUGCACACCUUGUCCCUGAACUGCGUGGGCAGGGCAGAGGUUACCUUCCUGAGGAACCUGGCCUCCCUCACCGGGGGCCGCUACCACUGCCCGGUUGGUGAGGACACGCUCUCCAAAAUCCGCGGCCUGCUGACCAAGGGCUUCAUCGAUGAAAGGGACCCUGUGUUGCCCCUCUUUGAAGGAGAUGACUUAAGGAGAUUGGCCCAGGAGAUCACCAAGACCAGAAGCUUCCUCCAGUGGGCCAAGUCCCUCAGGUCCCAACUCCAGAAGAAAGACGACAUAAGAUCAAAGACUGCCCUUUCUUAGAGAAGUGGUCUCAGACAGUUAACUAGAAGAAGGAAUCACAAAAACAGAAAGAGCAUCCUAUGAAGAAUCGCUCACGGAGUACACCAUGGCCCCAAGGGGGGGGGGAGCCUUGGAAAGCUGGAGGGCCUGGACACCAGAGCUCCCCCGAGGCUGAGGGAGGAAGGCUGUGCUAUCCCUGGGCCUACCCUGAUGCUCCUGCCCUGUCUCCACGAGCCCUGCUCUCGCCCCACCAGAUUGUCACUGGCUGGGAAGUCCUACACCAAGCCCCCAAUGGGACGUACCUCUUGCUACCCUCUGCCUGUUGUUUCUGCUCAUCCACCAAGGUGCCGCUCAAAUGGUGUUGGCUGCUCGGUGAAGCCUACCAAGAGCUGGGAACUUCCAGUCUUAGCCCCAUGGCGUCCUGACCACACCUCCUCUUUAUAGAGAGGGCACUUAGCAUGUACUGCACUCAGCACGCGGCCACACUUCCUUGCUCCUUGUCUGACUCUUCCUUGUCUGACUCUUCCUUGUCUGACUCUUCCUUGUCUGACUCUUCCUUGACUGUGGGCUCCUGGCAGAGGCUGGCGUCCUAACCACCUCUGGGUCCCCAGAACCUGCCACGUGGCAGACACACACAAAAAGCAGUGAGCGUCCAUCUUCAUGGUGAGCUGUUUCUGCCCUGGCCCUGCUCCCCGCCAUCCCGGUGCAGAGACAAGAUGUGGAGUCACUAUCAGCUCAUCUUGGAGGAAGAAGCCAUGAUAACCUCACCUCCAUCACCUCACCCCUGCUCAACCUAACUGAGCCAGAGUCUGCUUGGGAGCCCAGUCCAGACGGAAUCCUCUGCUCAGGCAUGAGAGUUUGGGGUGAGAUAAAACUAUUAUAAAGACUCAUAUCCAGAAUAUAUGAAGAACUCCCAAUCCAAAGAAAAGAAUCCCUAUUUCAAAAAACAGGCAAAAGACUCAACUAAGUACAAAUAGACAUAAGAGUAUCAAAAGGUGCUUGACAAUCUUGCCCAUCAAGGAAAUGCAAAUUAAAACCACAGUGAGAGGCCACAAACCACGGAUCAGAAUGGCUAAGAGGAGCAGCCAGCAAGAUACAGAGCUAUCGGACUCUUGUAUAUUACCUGGGGUGGGGGGCAGGAGGGUUGGGGGUUGCAUAAGCUGGCCCAGCCCCUCUGGAAGGCUGAGUGGCACCUUCUACCAAAGUAAAACAUAAGCCUCUCAGUGACCCUGCAGUUCUACUCCAGGAGAAAUGUGUAUCUUUGGGGAAUCUUCAAUAAAAUAUCUACAAAAAAGUUGAUAGCAGUUACUCCUAAAGAAACUCAGACCCAAAUGUCCCUCCAUGGUAGAAUGGACAAGAAGUGAUACUUGGACAGUGGCCACGAGAUGCCCACUUGAAAAGAAUGAGCUACAGCUGUAGCCACAUGAGGCGGGACCCUAACAAUGGUGAGUGAAAGACACCAGACAGAUAGCGCAAUACUGUGUAGUCCCAUUGACACGAAGUUCAAGAAUAGGCAAAACUUUUGUUGGUGAUGGUUACCAUGUGGGGGAGAGGCAGAGGGACAUGAGUGCUGGAAAGUUCUGUAUCUUGAGCUGGGUGGUGAUUACACUGAUGUGUGCAUAAAUAAAAAUGUAUGCAUGUGGCCCUCCCUGGUGGCGCAGCGGGUAAA